CUCGGCUGUACAACUAGUUCACGAAAGAAGCGUAGCUAGGUUAGGAAGAAGCGUUUGGAACGACGACGAGUUCGAGAGCACGAGGCCAGGAAUAAGCGUUAGGAAACGUCGCUUUCUCAGUCAUCAAGCUUAGGGCGAAGCGUUGUUAGGGAGUACUGUAAGUACAUAAGUUUUGCGGACUGUACAGUAAUGAAAUAGACAAAAAGCUGACGUGCUUUUAAUAUAUCGCAUGCGAAUUCCCAGCAUUCUUGCGCGUACUAGGUGAUCACCAUGAUUCGCUUGUGGACGCCCCACCAGAAGAUAUACCCGUGAGACAGUUCGCGAGCUGAGCCUGAAUAUGGGCGUUGUAACCAGGUAACCAUGUCGCCAGCUUGCGUCGCCGUGCAGUCCGAAGCCAUCAUGGACCUGUAUACGUCAGCACACGCUAAUGCAGCCCAUGGCGCUCCUAACCCUCUGGCCCGAGGCGGCUCUCGCGGUGCGACCCAGAGCCAGGGAGUCAGUGUAAGCCGCUCUACAAGUAUAAGCCGCACCUCCGAUAAUCGGAAUGAUUCUGGCGCGUCGCGAAUUAAGGACGUUAGCAGACCCGUCGACUCCGCGAAUAAGGCGAUUCGAUUUCGUUCUUCCGCUCGUGACGACGGGGCCGGGACUACUACUAGUACUAGCAGCAGCGGCGGCUCGCAGUCGAGCAUCGUGAUUCACGAUGACGUGGCAGCGCGAACCGGGUUCACACCUUGCCGCUUUGCUUCUUCCGCUCGUGGUCUCCCGGCUGGCGGCGAGCCGAGCAACGAGGUGGCUCGUGAGUCGACUCAAAAAUCACCUUGCCGCUUUGCCUCUUCCGCUCGUGGUCUCCUGGCCGGUGGGGAGACGAGCAGCGGCUGCUCCCAGUCCAGCAUCGUUAUCCACGAUGACGUGGCAGACGAAGCCGCGAGUUUCUUGCCUCGCGACGCCGCGCCGUGGAUUGCGGACGGGGACGACGGCACUGUGGGCCACCGUGACGAGGAAACCCUAGGAGGAGGCCCGGGCGGAAGGACUAUCCGGAACGCUCACGGAAACGACGAGGAAAGCCAAAGUGGGUUGGAAACCCAAAGAGGUUUGGAAACCCGAAGAGGAUUGGAAACCCAAAGAGGAUUGGAAACCCAAAGAGGAUUGGAAACCCAAGGCGGAUUGGAAACCCAAAGAGGAUUGGAAACCCUAGGCGGAUUGCGAAUUGGACGGAAGGAUAGGAGGGACUCGGCAGCACAGGGCAGCAGAGAGGCGCGGGAAGAGGCAACGGGCACCAAAGCGGACCAGAGCGGUAGUAGGGCUCGGGGUCGGCGGACCAAAGCGGGGGACGAGUUGAGCGGGGCGUCAGGCGCACCAGGGGCAGCGGUAGGGGGCUCCCGCGCGCACGCGCCCAUGGUUGACGGCCCCCCCUCGACGUCCACGGUAGAAGGCUCGGCUCGUCGCAAGCCGUCCCGGUUCCCCAAGUCUCAGUCUUGCUCCGCCUCGCCACUGCAACCGCAGCAGCCAGUGCCGCCAGAGCAGGCGCAGCAGCCAGUGCAGGCACUGCAGCCGCAGCAGGCGCAGCAGCAUGCUGACGGCCUCCCCAGAUCCCACUCUCGCGCGAGUAGCAGCCGCAGCAGUGCAAGUGGCAGCAGCGGCAGGAACAGCAGCAGCAGCAGCAACGGCACCACCGGUGAGAGACCGAAGUCAAAGCUGCAGGGGCGUGAGCUGAUAGCUUCCAGUGCUCCAGAUGGCGCCUAUAGUCUGUUACUGGAGUCGUUGAUAGCGGAGCAACACCUGCAGCAGGGUGGGGUGGGGCCGCAGGGCGUGGGGCAGCAGGGCGUGGGACAGCAGGGCGUGGGGCAGCAGGGCGUGGCAGCACUGCUGUUGGACGUAAGAGGCCAGGUUAAAGCCGCCACUGCAGCAGCGAUCAGGGCGGUCAGAGGGGAGGGAGUGAGGGACAGAGGCGGAGGAAGAGGAGGAGAGAGGGAGUGGGAGGGCGAGGAAGGGAAUGGAGAUGACGUGGCAGGGCCUUCUUUGAUUGGUCGCAGCAUUCACCAUCUGAGCGAUGGGACGGUGACGGUGGAUAAGUGGAUGGCGGCGGUUUCGUCUUUAUUGAUAGAUGAUGAUGAUGAUGAACCUCAAGAGGAAAGCGUCGUUUUCCCUUUCCACGUGGUUCCCAUGUCUUUAAUCUCCUCCGCUGCUGGUAGCAGCGCCUCGGCUUUAAAGCCCAGGAGUCAGAAGAUGAACCUAGAGUUACGCGUUGUAACAGGGUUACACGCCGAGGUUACCCCUCCAGUGCCGCAUUCCACUGGAGCAGGCCAGGUAAAAAGCCAGGUUGAAGACCAGGUAAGGCCUCUGUUGCUUGGAGUGAUGACUCCUGAGGGUAAAAGGCAGGAGGGUGGAGAGGAUAGGGAGGGUAGGGGGUUGGGGCAGGAGAGGGAGGGCGGGGAGCAAGUGAGAAAGGGGAGGUUAAGGGGAGGAGAGAUGGAGAGCAGGGGAAGGGAGAGAGCAGGGAGGUUAAGGGGCGAGGAAUUAGAGCAGAGGGGGAAGGAGCAACGGCAGCAGGAGAGGCAGCAGGAGAGGCAGCAGAAGCUGCCACGUCAGCCUUCAGGCCACUUGAGAAACCUCUCAGAAGGUUCCCUACCUCGGCCUUUGGAUAGGAGCGGCAGCGGGGGGAGCAUGCUGCCAAAACCGCCCACCGGGCCAACGGGGCAGAGAGGAGAGAGGAGCAGGAGGCGACAUGCAUCGGUGGGGGAGGAAGGGGUGCUAGACGUAGGUCCGGCCCGUUCCCAUGGCAAGACUAGGUUCGCAGCUGCUGCUGCAGCAACCGCUGCAGCAGCAGAAGCAAGAAGAGCAGGAGUGGGACGAGGAGGGGGAGGAGGCGUAAGGUUAGGGAGGGGAGGACAGGUGCAGAGAUGUGCGAGUGAUUUGAUUGAUUCGAGCAGCACAAGAGGCUCCCCCCUCACUCGCCCACAUGCCUUCCCAAAGUCAAACUCCGCAGGGCGGCAGGCGCAGUCCCAGGAGCAGGAAAAUGUAUUGGAAGAUGCUUAUAACGAGGAUGUCUUUCACGCUGACACGUCACACGGUGCAGGGUCACCAGCAGCUGCUGCAGAAGCAGUAGGAAGGGGAGGAGGAGGAGGAAGAGGAGGAAGGAUGGGGAGGGGAGGACAGGUUCAAAGAUGUGCGAGCGAUUUGGAUGCCUCUAGCCACACAUUAGGCGGCCAUCUCUCUCCCCAGCAUGCUUUCCCAAAGUCAAAUUCCGCAGGGGGGCAGCCGCAGCCCCAGCAGCAACAGGAAUAUGAACUGGGGGAUAGUUAUAACGAGGAUGUUCUGGAAGGUGCUUAUAACGAGGAUGUCUUACACGCUGACACAUCACAGGGUACUGUGCUUUCUGAUGCGGUACUCGGGGAUGCAGAUGCUGCUGAGUGUGGUGUGGCAGUGCGAAACCGGCAAGUCAGUGAGCAAAGCCCUCCUUAUGGGAGACGAAUUGGCGUGAAACCAGUGCGACCGAGGUUGAGACAGCGGCGAGUGUCGUUUCAGGAUAUGGGGGGUGAAGAGCACGAGGAAGAGGAGGGGGAGGGGGAGGGGGAGGAGGAAAAGGAGGAGGAGGAGAGGGAAGAGAACGAGGAGGUGAGGCGGCACAGCAGACAGAAGGAAGGGGGGAGGGAGGGGAAAGGGGGGAGGAAGGGCAGGGGAGGGAGCAUGGGGAGUCUACACGAGCUUCUGCAUUUCUUCCAGCAUAGAUCAAAUGGCAAGUCACAAGAAAAAGAGCAGGCGAGCUCUAGGUUAGAGGAGAAAGAGCGUGAUGCGGGUGCAGUAGGGGGAGUGGGAGGAUGGGGGGGGCACAGGAGGAGACACAGCGCAGCAGACGUUUGGGGCGAGGAAAGGGAGGGAGUGGGAGGGCGGAAAGGAAUGUCAAAGAAGACCGUCUAUUAUGCAAGUCUCAAAGGGGGAGCAGUGGAAAACGUGACGAGAGAAGGGGAAGAGAGAGAAGAGUGUGGGGAUAGGGAUGCGGCUGCAGAGAAAACGGAUAAGCAAAGGCAGCCAGGAACUAGCAGAGCUGGGAGGGGAGGAGGCGCCAAUCAUGUGCCAACGUGUGCUAGGCGUAGAGGCAAGUCCCUCGAGUGCUUCCCUGCGUUGUUGCACCAUAGUUCUAGGGAUUACCACUACUCUUAUGCUACUGAUAGUUCGGGGGAUGAGUUGAGUCAGGUGAGGCGGGCUAGCAGAGGCGCCACAGGGAGGGAAGGCGGGAGGGAGAGGGAGAAGAAUGCGGAGCAGAGCGGUGAGAGAGGAGCAAAGCCAAGGGAGAAGCAUGAAGAGGCAGGUGGGGCGAGGGUAGCGGAAGGGAGGAGGGGAAGCGAGAGGAGAUGCCGGGUAGAGCGAUGUGAGGGGGAGGUGAAGGGGAGAGAAGGGGAGGGAGGUGGAGGGAGGGAGGGAAGGGAGGUGAAGAGUGUGCAGGGAAGGGAAGGGACCGAGAGCACUAGGUCACGUAAGUUGGUAGUGAAAUGGGAAGACAGUGAGGAGGAGGAGGAGGAGAAGGAGAGGGAGGGGAAAGAGGAAGAGGGAGAGGAAGAGGAGCAACAGCAGCAGGUUAAGCUGCAGCAACAGCAACAACAGCAUCAGCAGUUUCCACAGCACCCGCAGCAGCCGCAACAGCAGCAGCAUCAGCAGCAGCAGGUUCAACAACUGCUGCUGCUCCAGCAGCAACAGCAGUGGAUCGGGCAGCAGCCCCUUAAGCAGCAAGCCCAGCUGCAGCAGCAGAACCAGCAGCACCUACAGCUGCACACGCAACCGGCACGGAUGCAGCCGUCGCCGAUGCAACAGCGGCAAUCGCUACACUUGCAGCAGCAGCAGAACAGGUUUGGAUAUUCCCAACCCGCUUCUGGUGAAGGGUUUGAUUCUGGUGGUUACCAGGUUGGCGGUUACGUGGCAGACGGUUACAUGGCAGAUGGUUACCAGACAGGUGGUUACUGGGCGGCAGGGCAGCAAAGUGUAACGCAGGUGGAGCGAAGCGAUGCCGCUCUGUCUCCUGUUUUUAGCGCCAGUGUUGUGGAUGAUGAGGAGGAGGAGGAGGAGGAGGAGGAGGAGGAGGAGGAGGAGGAGGAAGGAGCGGUGGAGGGGGAAAGGGGGGAGGGGGAGGAGGAGGAGGAGGGGAAGGAGGAGGAGGAGAAGGAGAAUGAGGAGGAGGAGGAGAAGCAAGAGAAGCACCCCCAACCCAGUAGGACUGCUCCUGACAGUGCCCAUUCCAUCGCCGCACCUCAUUCCCGCCCCCCUCCUCAUUUGCACGGUCCUGCUCUCUCUGGUAGGCCUGCCUUUCCCCGCAGCCAAUCCGUAUCUAGUGCUGGAGGCAGAGGGGAGGGGGGAGUAAAGGUGGGCAGGGGAAGGGAGGGAGGAGGAAAGGAGGGCAGGCGAGUGGCGGCAGGGGGAGAGGGGGAGGUGAGGAGAGUGGGUGUAAGGGAUGUGGCUGUAAGGCGGGUGGCGGUGCGGACUGACACAGAUGAGAUCAAUCCAAAGCUCCGGCUCAAAUCCAUGUCCUUUGCUCUCGGGGGGGGGAAAGGGGGCGAUGGGCAGGGGGGGAGUGGUGGAGGGUUGAUUCAAAAGCUGUUUAAGGGCCACGGGAGCGGGGUGGGGGAUGACGGAAAGGAUGCUGAGGUGAACAGAUUGAAAAAUGGGACGAAGUCUAGAGGGAAGGUGGAUGCAGUGGGCAAGACAAGCAAGGGGAGUAAGGGAAUGGGGAAGGAGGGAAGCGAGGGGGAAGGGGAGGAGCAAGAGGGAGAGGAGGUGGGAGAGGAGGAGGAGGAAGACGAGGAGGUGGAUUCUGACGAGGAGAGGAGGAGGAGAAGGUUAGAGCCCAAGGAGGUCAAGAUUGCCCGGAUCACUCGCAUGCUCGCACAAGGCGCCCCGCCAGCAGCAGCGGAAGCAGCAGCAGCGGGUGCAGUGGGAGAAGCAGGAGCAGCAUUGGGGAGUGAAGGAGCCGGCAAUAGUGCGGCAGAAAAGGGCCAGGAGCGCCAGACAGGCUCGGAUGUUCUGAUUGUGGCGCAUGGGGAGCAAGAAGGUGGGCUGAACCUUCCUCCUGGGCCGAGUUUCCUCGGCAUGGGGGCAGUGGGAGGUGGCUCUAGCAUGGGGGGUAUGUACAGGGAGGAAUAUCCCCCAUAUCACCAGCAGCCGCAGCAAUACCAGCAAUACCAGCAGUACCAGCAGCAGCAGCAGCAGCAGCAGCAGUACCAGCAGUAUCAGCACUUGCAAAGUACGAUGCUUCAAGGUCAGCAAGUCCCUGGGCCCGGCUCGAGGCUAGCGGCAGGGCCUGCAGGAGCUGCCACUGCCCCUGCUGCUGCUGCUGGUGCUUUAAGGAUGGGUGGUGCAGCCCUGGGGAUGGGUGGUCCUGGUGGGGUAGGAGUGAUGGCUAUUCUUGGACAUAGGGAGGGGCAGGGGCAGCAGCCAGCGCAUUUGUCUCUGCAGCAGCAGUCCAUGUUUCUGUGGCAGCAGCAGCAGUUCUAUCAGCAGCAGCAGCAGCAGCAACAGAUGAUGCUCCAGCAGCAACAACAGCAGCAGCACCAGAAGUACCAGCAGCAGCAGCAGCAGCAGCAGCAACAGCAACAGCAAUAUCUCCUAAAUCAGCAGCACCAGCAACAGCCCCAGCAACAGCACCCGCACCAGCACCAGUACCAACAACAGCAACAGCAACAGCAACAGCAGCAGCACUUACUGCAGCAGAUGCAACAGCAGCAGGAGCAGGCAGGAAGGCCAGGGUCGGCCAUAAGACCAGGGUCGGCCAUUUCUCAGCCUCUAAGAGACCCAGGCUUGCCUCCUUAUGUCACGCGUGCCACCACCACCACGGCCCUCCCUCCCUCCUCCUCCUGCUCCUCCUCCACCCUUCCCCCUCUACCCAAGAGUUUCUCCUCUAUUGUUCCGUCUACGGGUGUUUCUUCAUCUGGCCCCUCGCCUAGUAACCUCAUACCUGGUAACUUCCUUCCUGGCAACCCGUUACCUGGUUACCACUUCGCCAGCAGAAGCUAUGAUUCUCUCACCACCAGCUUUGGCAGCAGCAGCAAUGCCCCUGGGCCAAGCCACAGCAGCACUCCUGGUAAUGCUAGUGGCGGGCCUGCUAGGGUUGCCCCAGGCGGCUGUCAUCGACCGUCUUUAAGCUUUUCUUCUCCUGUUCCAAGUGCGGAUUGGCACCAUAUGGCUCCUUCUCUGCCUCCUGUGGGGGGAGAUGCGGCGGGUGGUGCUGCCAUGGGAGCCAUGGUGCCCAGUGGUAUGGCAUAUCCGCCACAUUCUUCUGUGCCGCCUGCCUCCAUGGCUGCUGGACCUGCCAGGUCAACGCUUGAUAGGAGGCGCAGUGCCUCAUGGGGCGGGGUGGCCGUUGAUGACCCAAGUUCUGAGGUUGAUAUGACGAACGUUCAGCACUGAGUGGUGUUGAAUGGAGUAGGUUCAGGAAUGGCUAGUAUGCCUAGUAGUAGUAGCCACGAGCAGCUCGGAAUUGCAUUAAAGCAUGGGGUGAAGUACAUAUGCUUCUCCUCGAACCUUGGAUUGGUUUAAUUUGUGUGAUCCUGUCUCUUUUCUGCAUUGUAGUAAAGCCGGAACCCCUUG